AUGACCGAGUUUGUUACCGAGGCGUUCACUUUGCUAGGCGCGGCCAUCGUCAUCAUUGGCCUACGCACCCUUGCACGAUGGAUCAUGGUUGGACCUAAGAACUUCCAGCCCGACGACUAUUUGAUGCUGUUGGCAUGUGUGGUUUACUCGUUUGAGACAGCGGCCGCGUAUACGGUUGGGGCGUGGUUUGAAGGACUCGCAAACAAUGCCAUGACCGACGAGCAACGAGCCGCAUUGUCUCCUAGCUCGCAGGAGUAUUCCCUACGAGUGGGCGGAUCCAAAGUGCAGGUGACCGGAUGGUCGCUGUACACCCUUUUGCUCUGGCUGCUCAAGACCUGUAUGGCCAUCUUCUAUGCCCGACUGACGGCCGGAUUGAUCAACAUGCGCAUCCGAAUCCAAGUUGCUUACGUCUUGAUUGGCACGACCUACAUUGCGACCCUUUUCUCUAUCCUCUUUGGUUGCCAUCCGAUGGAGAAGAACUGGCAAAUCUACCCCGAUCCAGGAAACCUUUGCCAGCCUGCUGUAUCCAAGAUCGAUAUAUACGUGACCGUGGUCUUGAACGUACUCACAGACAUCUACCUGAUAAGCAUUCCGGCCCCUAUGUUAUUCCGAGCUCGCUUGCGAUGGCGAGAGAAGGUUGAGCUGCUGGUCCUGUUCAGCGGCGGACUGUUCGUCAUGAUGUGUGGAAUUCUACGUUGCGUCUUGAUCUUGACAGAUGGAGCCAACGGUGCCGAGCAAGCAGGAAGUUGGGCAUGUCGCGAGACCUUCGUCGCUGUUGUGAUUGGAAACGUCCCCAUGAUCUACCCGCUCAUCCGGCGCAUGGCCCGCCGUGCAGGCCUCUACCUCUCCACCAAAGGAGGCUCGCAGAGUGAUCCAGCCUACCAGCUGUCUGAUGGCGAUACUGGCCCCGGUAGCUACCCGAAGCGCAAGAAGUUCAGGCAUCCUCUCUCGCUGCCCGCCGACAGCCAGUGGAAUACAGUUAGCGACGAGCAGAUGAUCCUGCCGGAUUCUCGACAGCAGCCGGCAACUUGUACAGGAGGCGACAAUGACUGGGAAACACAUAGCCACGCCAGCCACAAUGGCGGUAUCAAAGUGGUGCAUGAAACGAUUGUCCACAGCGCUGAGAAGGAAUCGCGGGCAUAG